CAGCACAGCCUCCAUCUCCCAAUCUCGCAGGCGACGCCGACGCGUUCCACCGGCGGCACCGAUGCGGGCGAUCUCGACGGCCGCGGGGGGCAUGCUGCGCGCGCGGCUCCGCUCCUCGUCCCGCGUGCGCGGCGGCGGCGAUGGCGCGGGGCGAUGGACGACGCCGGGGCACGAGGAAAGGCCCAAGGGGUACCUCUUCAACCGCCCGCCGCCGCCGCCGGGGGAGACGCGGAAGUGGGAGGACUGGGAGCUGCCCUGUUACAUCACCUCCUUCCUCACCGUCGUCAUCCUCGGCGUCGGCCUCAACGCCAAGCCCGACCUCACGAUCGAGACCUGGGCGCACGAGAAGGCGCUGGAACGCCUCAAGCAGCAGGAGCUAGCCGCCGUCUCCGGAGGCGGUGACGCCGAUGCCGACGCCGAGUGAUCCGCUGGUCAGAUCACCCGCAACUCUAGAGAUAUUGUUUUUUCUUUUCUUUUCUUUCUGGUUUCCUGCUUGUGUCGCGCGGUUCAAUAAGGCUGUCUGUACUGAGAUGCAUGUCAUGAGAUUCCAGAAAUGGAUGGACAUCAGACUGAACACUGUAUCAUUGUUGCUGUUUCGCUGGAUAACUUACACUUCAC